UGUACACAAAACAUAUGUUCAUUAUUUUCAGAGGAAAACAACACGUAGCAUUUGCAAUUAUUUUUGUAUUUGUCACGGAAAUACUCAUGUAAAAGAAUUACAAUAUUUGUCACAAAAAUGGAGAGCUGCUACGUGAUAAUUGCAAAACUAACAUUGCUGCUGACUCUGAUAAUUGCGGCGGCGUCACACGAAGCCAAAGAUUUUGACGAUUCUAUUUUGUACAAAAUUGAUUUCGAAGUGCCGGAGCUGAUUGGUCAACCUGACUUGAGCAACCAGCUUAGAACAUUUUACACACCGGACAAGGAGAAAUACGACUGCUUGAUUCCCACAUUGGAGCGCCAGAAGGAGGAGGAAAAGACAGAAAAGCCGGAGCUAUCUCCUAUAAGUCUGCUGCAGCCCACUUUCUCUGCGCUGACCUGCACGUAUCGCAUCGAAGCUUACUGGUCUUAUGAAAUCUGCCAUGGACAUCAUGUGCGUCAAUAUCAUGAGGAGCGCGAGGGAAAGAACGUUAAGUUCCAGGAGUACUUCCUGGGCAAGUGGACUGAGGAAAAGACAGAUUUGCUGUGGAAGGCCUGGGAGUCUGACCUCAAGGCGGGAAUAAAGCCAAAGUACAAGAGUUUGAAGAUAGACAACACAAAGUAUCCAUACUUCGAAAUGGAAUACAGCGAUGGCACCAUGUGCGACAUUAUUGAUGCCCCUCGAACUACGAUGGUGCGUUAUGUGUGUUAUCCUCAUGGCAAGGACGAUAUUUACUCCUUCAAGGAGACCUCCUCCUGCAAUUAUGAGGCCAUUAUCCUCUCCUCGACGUUGUGCGCCAUCCGUGGUUUCCAUGCCAAGGAAACAAAGGAGCUGUCCAUUCAGUGCUUUAACUCUGAAUCGGAACCACACAGCCCUUUGAGUAUGCUGCGCUCCGAACUGAAUGAGUGGGCAGAGUCCGAGGCUGACUUGCUGGUUUCCAAGGAAAAAGAGGGCAAGGCGCCAGCCAAGCUAUGGCCCAAGGCGGAUGGUGAUAUGGUCACCUUCAAGUACAGCGGGGACAUGGACAAAAUUAUACUGGAGCUUAUCAGUAACGGAGACAUCGAGGUAGACAGUGAUUACCAGCAGCUCCUUCUUUCAAGAGCAGCAGCUGGAACAGGACCCACGCCCAUCACCGAUCUGACCCCCAUCAGGGACUUCAUUUCUGGCAAGAACUGCCUAACUGGGGGCAACGGUUGGUGGAAGUACGAGUUCUGUUACGGACGACAUGUGCGUCAGUUCCAUAAAGACAAGAACAGCGAAGUUGAGCUGUUCCUGGGAUAUUUCUCAGAGGAAGCUCAUCGUGCUUGGGCCAACUCCAAUCCAGAAAAGGGGGCUCGACGUACAGGUUUCUCGUCGUCCAUUUGGCACCAUUAUGGGAAGGGAACCCACUGCGAUCGCACUGGAUUGGCCCGCGAAGUGGAUGUCAAGCUGACCUGCACACCUGUGACCACCAGUGGAACAGCCGUGUCCAUGUAUUUGCUGGAGCCAAAGACGUGUCAGUACAUCUUGGUCGUUGAGUCCCCCACAAUUUGUGAUCUCAUGCACUACGCGGAUUCCCACGGUCUGGUAAAGGUGGAGAAUCUACAGAAGAUCCUGGUUAGCGACAAUGACAAACCGACUGCGACUACUGCGUCUCCUGCACCUACAUCUAGCGCAGAGGAGGAGAUCCGGUCUUAAGCUGUCCUUGAAUUCCAACUCUAGUAAAUUACGUUUAAAUACAUUGUAUGUAAUUUUAAA